CUCAGUCGUGUGUCCGGAAGGACCGGCAAAGUGAUCGGAAGGAUCGGCAAAGUGUCCGGAAGGACCGGCAAAGUGUCCGGAAGGAUCGGCAAAGUGUCCGGAAGGAUCGGCAAAGUGUCCGGAAGGAUCGGCAAACUCACGUGGCAGACGCCAUCUAUAGCACAACAAGACAUAACGCAGUCAUCAAGAAGCCAAAAUCAAUGA